UUAUUGAAAAGCAAAAACUCAAAUGAAGUAGGUUGCAAUCAUUCACAGUUAAAAAAAAAUAAAAAACGUUGACCACUCAAACCUAAUUCCUCAUUUUACAGUAUGUCUGCUUGAAAGUAGAAGAUGUGCACUGACAUAAAAAUCUUUUGUCAUCAAAAUUACAAAAGUAAAGUACCCCCCUGGUGAUCCUACAGCCACCUCCCACAGGUAACCAGCACCAGUCCAACUCCAUGGUGAUGUGUUUCUCAGCUGCUUUGGUCACGCCUCCCUCCCCCUCCCUCUCUAGAAGCCUGCUGUACUUACAAAUAAACUGGGCUGCUGCUUUAAAAUAGUUACUGAAAGCCAUCUAAAGUUCUUACAGAUGCAGGCUAGUUGCUGGAAGCACGUUAGAAGUCAAUUUUUAAAAAGAUAAUUUUCAUUUCAAAAGCUUCUUCCACGGUUUCCAUCACAGGAGUCAAGGGAGAGACUACAGGUGACCCAAUCUCAGAGGACUCCCUUGUUUUUUUUUUCUCUCAAAGGGUGGACACAACAGCAGUUGAAAAAUGGGUUGCUUUGGAUUCCUCAAGUUUAUGAUGUUUGCUUUCAAUGGUAUUAUAUUUUUGGCAGGUGCAGCCAUCCUGGGUGUUGGCAUCUGGGUGAAGGUGGACAGCGGCUCCAUCCUGAGUUUCCUUGGCAUGAUUGACGAUGCCCCCAAGGAGCUUUCCCAAGUGCUCGAUGUAGGUUACCUGCUAAUUGCAGUAGGAGCGCUGCUGGUCAUCAUUGGUUUUCUAGGCUGCUGUGGAGCCGUCAAAGAGAGCAAGUGCAUGCUGCUGCUGUUCUUCAUCAUAAUCCUGCUGGUUUUCAUAGCUGAGGUCGCAGGAGCUGUGAUAAUCUUGGUAUACAGACCUUUGGCUGAAAAAUUAUUUGAUAAGUUUGGCACAUCAGCAGUCGCGAGCAUCAAAAAGGACUAUGGGAAGAAUUCAGACAUCACUGGACUGUGGGAUACUACAAUGAGCACAUUAAAAUGUUGUGGAAUCUACAACUCCUCGAACUUCAUGGACUCGCCAUAUUAUGUGGAAAACAACAAUCAGUACCCACCUCCGUGCUGUCCAGAUAAUAGGCCGUGCAAUCAAACGGUCAUUGACAAUUUCACGGCAAUCCCAGGUUGCUUUGCAAAGAUCACACAAUUGAUUGAUAACAACAUGGUGGCGAUUAUUGCUGUGGCUCUGGGAAUUGCGGUACUUGAGUUAUGUGCCAUGACUGUAUCCAUGGUCCUUUACUGCAAGAUAGAUUCAAAGACAGCCUGACAACAAAAGUCAGCAACUCAAGGAGGCUCAUUUUAAUCAUUUGAUUAGUUCUACCAACAAUACUGCCUGUUUGAAGACUGCUUAUAUUUGUAUAGAUAUGUCUCAUCUGUUCUAUCAGAAUUACAAGAUAGGUGGCACGAAAAAAAACCCAAUUUUAAACAGAAUAGUGAAAUGAGUGAACUUGAAUAUAUUUUAUUUAUCAAUCAUACUGCAGAUUCAUGCCGCUGAUGAUGUGCCACCUUUAUACCUUUGACACACAUGACUGAAGAUUUACAAAAUUACUGUGAUCAUGGAAUACAGUAGUGGUUGCAAUGUUAGUUUUAGGUUGCUACUUUGUUAAAACACAAAAUCAUUAUGUGUUGUAUUCAACAUGAUGAAAUA